AUGUGCGAUGAAUGUUGUAUCUGUCUAUCGGUAGGAUGCCCGACGAAAGUCAGUCCUUCCGGUGGCGAUGGUCAAGCCAGGAUCUGUCCCCGAUGCAACAACGGCAGCGUAUUCCAAGCUAAAAGCCAGCGCUGGCUCGAGAUCUGCUUCCUUCCGCUGUUCCCAUUCAAGAAUAAGGAGGUUUGGUCUUGCCACAUUUGCAGUUGGCAGGCUGAACUAGGCACCUUCCAGCCUCUCAUCGCCAGCACAUUUCCUCCACCAUCAUUUCAAACACAACCGGGAUACAACCCGCCGAUGAUGUCGCCAUACGUGCCCGCACCACCCCCGCCUGCCGUCUACCAACCUGGAGGCUACGGCAAAUGA